GGCAUUUUCCAUCGCCCAACAUUCGAGACGGCAAUGCCUGUCCGCAAUGCAAUCGAACGAUCAGUGUCGCCCUGCGAAAUAACAGCGCUGUCUCUGCCAAUAUCCCAAACUGGGCAUAUUCUUCUGUCAGCAAAGAGUAUAGACUCCCUAGUGCUCCCUCCUCCGGGGAAGAUUCAGGACAAUUCUCUAUUCGGAUCUGUCGAAGAGCAAAUUGACUUGAGGCUAGCAUCCUCCGAUAAUCCUACUGCUGUCAUGGAGUUGGAUCUCGAUGGGAACAUAAGCUAUCUCAGUAAGAAUUGGGAAUUCAUCGUCGGUACCAAAAUCAAAAAGAUCAUAAACAAGCCCAUCGCUAACAUUAUUCUUGGGAACACCCCGGGUGAUCACCAGGUGUUCAACAACGCAAUCGAACAGAUGACUAAAGAUGACUACUCCUAUAAAGUAAAAUUCAUAACAGCCACAAAUGAUAGGACAACACAUCCCGCAGAUUUACAUUCAAGUGGAAAGAUAACCCCACAGCAUUCAGCAGAAGAUUUGACUCAAAUACUAGAGCCAGACCAAGAAUAUCUGGACGCCAUUCAAACGGAGCAUAACGCAGCUGAAGAUAUGGUCCAUGAUUCUGGCAUAUCGUAUGAUUCUGAUGAUAGCACAAUCUCUUCAAAAUUGUCCAACAAUGGAGAUGUGAUAGAGUUGGAAGCGCAAGGAAUUUUGAUUCAUGAUCCCAAAACAAGCCUACCAACCCAUUCAAUGUGGACGAUCAAGCCGUUUGUUCAAAUUGAUUUGGAUUUAACCUUACCUGAAAACUUAAUUAAUUUGUUAGGUUUUGGUUCUGAAAUAUUUGAGGGGUAUUUAGUGAGUCUAAAAGAACAAGGGAUCAUUGAAGAAGAGUCUGCUCCUCAACCGAAAAUGAUUUUGUGCAGAAUCUGUGAAACUCAUGUGCCGGCAUGGUUCAUUGAAAAACACUCUGAGUUGUGUAUUGUGGAGCAUAGGGUUAGCGAAGAUUUACAAACGUGCCAUGAUGCAAUCAAUGAGCAAGUGGACUUAAUCCAAAAAAUUUAUGAUAGUUUGUUGUACUACCAUCAGCACCCCCCAGUUUUAUCCCCAUCACCACUUUCCUCGAACCUGAUUUCUUCCAAUUCCUCAGAUGACAGCCUUUCAAUAGUCACCGGUUUGAUACACGAAUACAAAGGAAUACCAUUACCAAAUAUUGCUAAUGAUGCAUCUCCCAGGUUGGCAAAUCAAGUUUUAACAAAAAAUUUCCAAGCAAGUAAUCCAAUGAUACCGACAAGAAGAUUCCCAUUCGGUAUUCUUCAGAAAUUAAUAGAUUUGUGUAACGAGGCAUCAAUGAUAAAUCCAGCAGAAACCAACUCCAACGGUGAUUUGGAGUUUUCACCAAAUACAGAGAAGGCUGUAAAUGCAGUUAUCAAUUGGAAAUUUUUUGAGACUACUGACCUUGCAAUAAAGACCAUAGUGGAGGAUACUAAACAAUUGGUGAAUGAGAAAGUCGAUAUUUUAUCGAGACUAGUGUCGAUUCUACAAUACUCAAACAAGAUCAAAAAAGAAGUGGAUGAGUUGGUGCUAGAAACGGUAGGGCAAACAAUCUUUAAGAUCAAAGAGCAAACAAUGCUCAAGGAGUUCAACUCUAAUAGUACCCCGAGGAAUAGUACCCCUGACGUAGCAGUCAAUGAUGAACUCAAUAUUUCACAGUCUAAUGAGCAUCUGAUUUCAGAUACUUUGGAUAUCAAUAGAUCGGCAUCUCUCAUCCUUUCACCACAGCCUUCCAGAUCUAGGAGUCCACAUUUGUUACAAGAGCCUUACUUCAAGGAUGAAGAGUUAAAGUCAAUUACUCCCAAGGAUAUUUUGCUUAGGGGAAGAACUUCUGACCGAGUGGGCAGGAGUAGUGUAACCAGCUCAAAGUCAUCGCUAUCGAUUGGUAAUUCUAGAUUUGGAUCUAACGAGUUGGUGGAGUCAUUACAAGACCUCGAAUUGUCUAAAAAAUCAUCGGGCAAAGACAACACUUUUGCAAAUCCACCCCCACCUUUAUCCAACAGCUCUUCUUUCUCCUUACCUAGAAGACACUUAUCGCCAGCUCCUUAUGUUGAGAAGCAGAACUUCUCUUCUUUCCAAAGAAAUAUUAACUCAAGGUUGGAUACCAAUACUCCCCACACUUCGCCAUCAGUUUUGAAUGCUGAUAUUAACAACAAUGAUAACAUUAUUUACGAAAAGAGAACAAGUUCAGGAGGAAGUGCAAUUCCACCGAAUCUUCUUCCUCAACACGGUCGCAGGAAUUCGAUUAACAAACCUCCUUUAUCACCAUUAUUAGUUUCAACUACUCCAUCCAGUAAACCGAAUGGUGGUGGCAUAAGAGACUACGAGGUGAUCAAACCGAUUAGCAAAGGUGCCUUUGGCUCGGUUUUCUUAGCCAAAAGAAAACUUACUGGUGAUUAUGUCGCUAUCAAAUGUCUUAAGAAGAGAGAUAUGAUUGCUAAAAAUCAAAUCCUUAAUGUUAAAUCAGAACGGGCGGUUAUGAUGAAACAGUCAGAUUCUCCUUAUGUGGCUCAAUUAUACAGUAGUUUCCAAUCUAAGGAUUACUUAUACUUGGUUAUGGAGUAUUUACACGGUGGUGAUUGUGCAACUUUGAUCAAGACACUCGGAACACUUGGUGAUAGCUGGGCUAAGAGAUAUAUCGCGGAGGUGGUAGUGGGAGUUGAUGAUUUGCAUAAAAGAGGAAUUAUUCACAGAGAUUUGAAGCCAGACAACUUGUUGAUUGACAGUAAGGGACAUUUGAAAUUGACUGAUUUUGGUUUGUCCAGAAUGGGUGUUGUUGGAAGACAAACUCAAUCUCGUCGUAAAAGCAGCAACAAUGAACAUCCUAUAGAGCUUUUCAGAAAGAGUUUGAGUCAGAAUGCAGUCCAUCAAAGCCCUUUAUCAAACGUAUCGGGAUUAGGGUUUGGAGUUGACUCUCCUUUGACAGAAUUUUCUCACAAGAGAACUAGUUCUGUGACCCCAUUUUCAUUAUCUCCCACAUUGGAAAAUACCAAGUUGGCAACUGGAGGAUUUCCUGCUGUUGGCCCAAGUUCCUUGACCUCUCCGACUUUAUCAUAUCUCGAAUCCUUUAAUCAACCUGCUCCACAACAGCUUUCACAGUCUCAACAUACACAAGCACCCCAGCCUCCCCCAUUGCUUACUCACAGAACAUCAUCAAUUUUCAAAGGUAAUAGAUCUGGAUCUAAUUCGAGUGGUUUAGAAUCACCAUUGCUUAAACCAGUACUUCCUCGUACUUUCUCGGAAUCCUCCUUUGUUUUAGUUGAGGAUGAUUUUCAAGUCAGUCCUUCACACAACCAAGCUGGGAGUAUCACGAACUAUGCUUUGUUUGACCCAGCUAAUGAAAAUAGUAAUGAUGUCAAGAAGUUUGUGGGUACACCUGAUUAUUUGGCUCCUGAGACAAUUGAGGGUGUGGGUCAAAAUGAAGCUUCGGAUUGGUGGUCACUCGGGUGUAUCUUGUUCGAAUUUUUAUUCGGAUACCCUCCAUUCCACGCAGACACCCCGGAGGAAGUAUUUACAAAUAUUUUGAAAGGUUCAGUUGAUUGGCCACCCUUAACAGAAGAAGAAGAAAAAGAGUAUUGUUCUCCAGAAGCAAAGGAUUUGGUCAAAAAAUUAUUGAAUUUGAACCCUGAUGAGAGAUUGGGCUGUAACGGAGCUGAUGAGAUCAAGGGCCAUAAAUAUUUUAAAGGUAUUAAUUGGUCUACGUUAUUUGAUGAAGAAGCUUCGUUCGUUCCCACUUUAGAUGAUCCUGAGUCUACUGACUAUUUUGAUUUGCGUGGUGCUGACAUCGCUCAAUUUCCUAAGGAAGACUCCGAUGAAGAGAAACAAGCGGCUUCUGAUAUUAUGCAAGUGAAAACUAAUUCAACUUACACAACUGAAUUGGGGGGUGGCACUAACAAGAGGGAAAGAAGAUCAAGCAGAUUAGCAGAUCCCAGUGAAUUUGGUUCGUUCCAUUUCAGAAACCUUGCAGUAUUGGAAAAGCAAAAUAAGGAUGUCAUCAACAGAUUGAAAAAUGAACACUUGGAGCAUCGCAAUAGCUUUUCAUCUUCCUCCUCGGAAUCUACACCAUUAUCCAGGUCCAGAGGGUUUUCUUUCAAUGGCGGAAAUCUGAACAACCAAUCGAGCCCUUUCAAAAGACCGGUGUCACCGAUUGCUACAGCAUCAGGAUAUGGAACUAGCGGUAGAUCUUCGUCACCUCACAAAGUCACAGAGACUUCAUCAUCUCCGCAGUCAGUAACUUUCAAGCAAGAAGGACCAAGCUCAGCAAUUAGUAACUAUUCGAGUGGAGAUGAGUUCCCAUUCGAGGUAGGGAAGCUGUCACCAAGUUCCGAACCUUACCCAAACGAAAAACACCGGUCAUCUGUACAUUCUUUAACCAAGCUGAUAUUGAGAGAUUCACCUUCGAGCUCAGAUACCGAGGAUACCAAGAGUUCAGCAUUGUUAAGAGUAAAGAAGAGAAGAGAAAGUUCAAGACGCUUGGCUGCAUCCAGUAUAACAAGUGGAUCCUUUUCAGCAGAUGAGCCACCUUCAAACCUUAAUGAGUUGGACGUGCUUUACUGUGAGUCAAUUCCAAUUGUUCGUCAUAGUGUAACGAAAAUGCUAGAACGGUGCGGGUGUAUUGUUGUGGCUAUAUCUGAUGGGGAUGAGCUAGUAAGAAGAGCUACAAGUCAAGUCAAGUUUGAUUUAAUUUUUACUGCCUUAAGAUUGCUGAAAAUCGACGCCGUUGAUGCAGUCAAAUUAAUCAAAUUCACUACCAGUGUCAACUCGAAUACGCCAAUCAUUGCUGUGACUGGAUUUGCGCAUGAGGCACUUGGGUACCAAAUUUUUGACGAUGUCAUUGAAAAGCCUGUUGGGAUGCAGCAAGUUAACAGAUGUAUCCACAAAUUUACCAAUUACAACAACGAUGAAGCAAUUGAAUCCGAUAAUGAA